AUUAUAGCCGCCCUGGAACUAUCAAUAAUCAUUUAAUCCCUCGCUCUCCUUUAUAUAUAGCCGAUGACUCCAUUCCCCUCGACUUGUAUCAUUCUCUUCUCUCAGUUCCUCUUCCUCGUCGGGUGACCCUUGCGCACUAUAGACAUCCCUCCGUAUCCGCUCUCCAUACAUUCCCUACUUCCCGCUGGUUAAACACCCAAUUUAUCCACGGUUCGCUAGGACGUCAUACAUCCCAACUGCGCUUUAACUCAACCUCACAAACCAUCCACAAUGCUCUCCGCCGGUGAACGGCCCCAACCCGCCAUGACCAACGGCGCCGCAGUAGUAGAUACCACACGCGGCCCGGUCAACAAAAGCCCACUGUCCAACACCCACAACUCCAUGUGGACCAAGACGAGUGCUCCCCAGCCCGAGCAAAUCCAACACAUCUGGGUCGUGACCGGGCCCGCUGGAUGCGGGAAAAGCACCGUAGGAAAGAGCAUUCAACAAGCCCUUGGAGUUCCCUUCCUGGAGGGUGAUGAUUUCCACCCCCUCCCCAACAAAGAAAAAAUGUCCUCCGGCAUCCCCCUCACCGACGCCGACAGAUGGGACUGGCUCAUAUCUCUCCGCAACGCCGCCAUCUCCGCGCUCUCCCCCAGCGAAGCCAACAACUUCCACCCCCCGUCGGGCGUCGUGGUCGCCUGUUCAGCCCUGAAGCAGAAAUACCGGGACGUGAUGCGGGUCGCGGCGUACGGGUCCCCGUCUGUGCAAAUCCACUUUAUAUACUUGAAGCUGGAUGAGCAGAUGUUGUUGCAGAGGGUGAUGAAUCGGCAGGCGCAUUAUAUGAAGAGUAGUAUGGUGCAGUCGCAGUUGCAGGAUUUGGAGGAGCCGUUGGGUGAGUGGGAUGCUCUCACGGUGGAUGUUAGGGCCGAUCAGGGGGAGGUGCAGAAGGAGGUGUUGGGGUUGGUGGCGGGGGUGUUGGCGGGGUAUCAUCAUUGAAUGAUUGAAGGAAUUUGGAUUUGCUUUGUUUUGUUGUUUGGGUUUGGGGUUUGAUGGGGUUGGGGUGUUUUUGUUUUGUUUUUUGUUUUUGUUUUAGGUUUGGGUUUGGUUUGGGUUUGGUUUGGUUUGGUUUGGUUUGAUAGAGAUUUGUUUUUUGUUGGGUUGAGGGAGUUUUAGUUUGUGGGUUGGUUGGUUGAUUGGUUGGUUGAUACCUUGGUUUUCUUUUGGAUAUAUAGUUGUGUUUUGCUUAUGAUUGGUUUACUAUGUUUUGGAAUGAAUGUGGUUAAGUAUGAUAAAUGUAUCUCCGGUUGGUGUUUUCUUAGAGCAAACUACGGGAACGUGCCUAGGAUGGG